CUUCGGCACGCGAGUUCUGUCGUUCGUUGAAUCAGCGUAACCAAUUCAAGAUGGCAGCGUCCAUGGAAAAAGAGGAUACCAUGUACAAAUUUGAGCUAGAGGUUUUAUGGUGCAUAAAUCAGUUGGAACUUGGGGUUCAGAACAGUAAAGGUGGACCAAAACAAGUACAAAGUAGCCUGAAGCUGAUCAAGGUCUUAAGGAAUCCCAAGACACCUAUGGUGAAAAAGCGUCAGGUCAUGAACAAAACCUUUGGAGACUAUAGAAAGAAAAUGGCAGACGAACAGAAAAAAUAUGGCUCAUCUGUGAAAAAGAUGUCUAUUAAUCCUAUAUCCUCCAAGUCUGCCCAGUCAACAUACUACAAAAGGUCAACACAAAAACCUGAUUCAAAUAUAUCAGAGUCUGACAAAGAAACUCCAGUGCAAAACAGCAUCAAUCUUGCUAUUGAAAUGGACAAACCAAAUUCAAGUUAUAACUAUGAACCACCAAGUAAGGAAUUUAAAUUUAAUUUCCAAGUGCAGUCAGUAGAUGCAGUGGAAGCUGUUGAUGAAGACAUUGGUGCAGAUGUUAAGAGUAUUGAGGAGACACUACAACAAGCUACUUUGGAUGCAGAGUCUAAUGACAAUAUGGAUCAUGGUUCUCUAGAAACCGGUACAAAUAAAGUGCAGCAUCAACCAAGUGAAAAAUAUUAUACACCUUCGGACAAUGCAUUCAGGUUCAAUUUUCCAGCUCCUGACCCUUCUUGACCUAAACAUUAAAACUAUACAAGUGAACAUAUAAAGUUUCUUGUUGAGAGAUGUUCAGUGGAAUAUACAAUUAAACAGAACCAGCUUUUCCCAUUCACAUGUUUAUUUUGUUUAUAUCUACAAAUAAUUAGUUUUUUUCUACAGGGUGGGCAAAAAACAAUACCCAAGUUUGAAGAUGAAUAACAUAUGAUAUAUGUUAAACCAUGCCAUGUAUUUUAUAUCACAUUUAAGAUAAAUCAUACCCUAACUGGAUUUAAAAAUGGUGGGAAAUGGAGGGAAAUUUGAAUUUUGUCACCUUCAAAAGAGGUACAUUCAUACAAGUUUGGUGCAAAAUUCAUUCAUAAUACUUAUAUAUUUUUAAUUAACUAGUAGCCCGGACAGAAUUGUUCAAUGGUCACUUUUUCUGGUGUCAUCGAUUACCUCGGCAGCUUACCACCAAAGCAGCAGUCUAC